UGACGCAUCAGAGAUUCAUGAAUAUCGAUUAGGCGCUGAAAAUCGUUCCAUAUCCUUGCCCAUACAAAAAUCCAUUCUGGAUCGAAAGAAACAUCUCAUUUUAUUACAUUUACUAGAUUUUGUUUUUUGAUUAGUAGUUUGGCAAUCAAGGUUUUCUAUUAGGUUCAACUCAUACACAGUUUCUGUAAUUUAUAAUUUUAACUUUCUCGAGAAAAUCCGAAGAAAGUUUUUAGGCUUCUUGAUAGUGAUAUUUUCUGAGAUCAUCCCACUUUUCUUUUUUUUUCCUGGCUCUUAUUGUUCACUUACUUCACUUCUCUGUAGAAUCUGACUACGGAAAUGAGAGGAACUCAGAAUACAAGCUCAAGUGCAUUCAUUUCCAAACACGCUGAAGACGUCAUCAAUGGCGAUGGAGGUCUGUUGUUUUGUCCUCCACCUUCUCUCUCCUAUUCUUACCCUCCAUCGACUUCGUUCAACAAUCAAUCUUUCCAUAACUACCAAAAAUUGAUGAAUCAACAACAACCGCCUCUCCUUCCUAUGCCAAUCUCUUCUAGGCCAAACAACAACUUCGUCUCUUCACGAGGUCGAAGCUUCUCGUGCCCACCGAAUACCAGAAAGACCAACAAAGCCACCAGAGAUCAUUCUCUCACGCCGAAGAAAUCAAAACAACAACCACCGCCGAACAAAAGAGAGCAAAAGCAAGAUUCAAAAUCUGAUGAUGAAAGCGGGGUUAUGGUCUCGGUUAGUCCAUUAGGACCCGACACGAAUGAUCUUCCUAAAUCGGAGAAGUUUUCUGGUUCUGUGUUUACAUUAUCGCCACCUCCGAGCAGCUUGCCGUUGCCAAAAUUCUCUCUUAGGUCUAAACUCAGUUGCAACGCUGAAGCUGCCGGUAUCGACAACAGAGCAACAGACAGUCUCCGGCGAAUACUGCGUCUCCUUUGAAGAAGAUCGCACUUAAUGUUGCAGAAAUUUCUGCUGCAACCAGCACCAGCUGUUUUUGAAUUAGUGUGCACAGCCAGCUGCUUUUCUGCUCGGUCAGUUAUUUUUCUUCCUUUGAUCUUCCAUU